CAGGCGCGGCACGGAGAUUGCCGAGUCCAGCCGGGCGUGUGCGCGGUGUCCUCGUUGCCCCAAGCCGGCGCCACGGGGCGCACAGGAGCCCUGAGUUCGGUGCCUCCUGGGCUGGGCAGGAGCACGGGUCCGGUUCGGUUUUCCUUUGCCUGGCUGGACUGCAGGGAGGGCACGGGACCCGGAUCCCUCGCCGCAGAGGAACAGCCGGCCGCGACCAGGGGACGCCCGCGCUGACCCUCCUCUCGCCGCCUCCGCAGGCAGCCGGCCCGCGGUCAUGGCAGACCACCUGAUGCUCGCCGAGGGCUACCACCUGGUGCAGAGGCCGCCGCCCGCCGCGCCCGCCCAUGGCCCUCAUGCGCUCCGGACGCUGCAGCCGUACGCGGGCCCGGGCCCUGACAGCGGGUUGCGGCUGCGGGGGACUCCGCUGGGCCCGCCGCCGCCCCCACCCAGCGCCCUGGCGUACGGGGCUUUCGGGCCGCCGGCCGCCUUCCAGCCCUUUCCGGCUGUGCCUCCGCCGGCCGCCGGCAGCGCGCACCUGCAGCCCGUGGCGAUGCUGUACCCGGGCCGCGCACCUGCGCCCCCCGGCGCCCCGGGAGGGCCCCCGGGCCUGCAGCCGCUGCCCGGCGCCCCGGCCCCGCCGCCGCCGACCCCCGCGCACGCCCUGGGCGGCAUGGACGCCGAGCUCAUCGACGAGGAGGCGCUGACGUCGCUGGAGCUGGAGCUCGGGCUGCACCGCGUGCGCGAGCUGCCCGAGCUCUUCCUGGGCCAGAGCGAGUUCGACUGCUUCUCGGACUUGGGGUCGGCGCCGCCCGCCGGCUCGGUGAGCUGCUGAGCGCGGCCGGGCCCCUGCCUGGCGUGCCCGAGAGGAGACGGGGGUCUGACUGCGCGCCAAGCGUCUGGACCCCGCGCGCACCCUCCGUGAGGGUGGAGGCAGCGGGUUAGUGCACCGAGCCCACCCCGGGCUGAGACGCCUGGCCUCACUCCAGGCUCCGCCUCCUGCAGGGUGACAGUUUGGCUUCACCUCUCUGACCCCGAGCCUCGGCGGUAAAGGGAAGGGGACUAGACCCCCUUCCGGACUCCCCGUUCUUGGAUUGUGUCCUUUCCUCUCGGACUCUUCCCCACCCCACCCCCCAAUCUGAGCCAUUCCAGGCCUCUGCCUGAUUCCCCUCUCUCCUUGUGCAACCCACUGCGGUCACUGGGUCCCUGGAGCCGCUAGACCUGGCCUCACCCCCGCUGCCUGGCCCUGAGGUCGCUGGGCCUCCCGCCUGAGGAGGGGAGGACUGCACAGCCGGAACCCCCCCCCCUGGCGUGGAGCAGCGGCCCAUCUGGCCUCCAAAACCAAAAUAAAACUGGGUCACUUUA